UAGAGCAUUUUGCGUGACCCCAAUAGGUGACUGGCCGUACAGAAUCCUGCCCCGCGAUCGCUUCAACUCCCCAACCUUUCAACUUGAACCAACUUGUGCGCCAAUCACUGCCAAACUCUUUUCUUGCACUACUUAUAAUAGCUAUUGCAUAUACAAUGGCUACUGCUACUGCUACCACCACAACAUCGGGUGCGACACAGCCCCUGGUCACAAAGUGGUCUUCUCGAUAUCGUGGGGCCACUGUCGAAGACCUCGACCCCCCAGCCGCACUCUCACUCAACCCCUCCGAUGCCAUCUCCCUCGCCCUCAUGUCCGCCUUUGAGCGCGACUACACGCACCUUACCAUCGUCGAUGCCGACACCCGCGCGUUGCUAGGCUACAUAUCCAUUCCUCACCUCCAGUCCCUUCUCGACUCAGGCAAGGUCAAGCCUGAAGAUCAGCUCUCAGCCGCCAUGACACGCUUCCAGCGCAAGGGCCGUACCUACCAGGUCAUCACCAUGGAGACGACCCUCGAGGAGCUUGAGAACUUCUUCCGUGGCGGCGUACCUGAUGGGCCAUGGAAGCAGGAGUUCGCCGUUAUCACGGAUGAGAAGAGGAGGUUUGUCUUGGGCGUCGCGACAGUACAGGACCUCGAGGAAUUUGUAAAGCGAAGACCCGAGUAAAGUGGUAUUUUUAGCAUGUGAUAUGCCAGAGCUGGGACCUAAAUCCCGAGGAACAAAGGCCGCGGGAAUGUAGCGCAGGGAACAGAAGAAAACAAGAAUCAAGCAUCAUGGAUGGGCGUUGGGGGAAUAAUGGCCUGAGCAUCAUGGAGACUACGGCAGGCUCAUAACAGCCAGCCAGGCAGGAAAGCUGCUUUCAACAUAGCGCGAUAUGUGGGAUAAUACACAUUGGUGAACACAAAUGUUGUGUGGUGCAAUUGGUGCAUAGAAAUUCAGUUUAGGAUGACUUCAUUUCGGUCUGUCAAAUUAUAUUUGUCUCAUGAGCAACUGUUGCAUGAGUCACUGAGCGAUAAUCAAGCAUUGUUACCGUCAGUCGUCUAUACUAGGUCAAGUAAUGUUCUGGGGCAAUCCCAUCUCUAAGCCUGGUAGUCGUAGAUGAGCUUGGCGGUGACCUUCUUGUCACCCUUGGUCACCAAGAUGUGCCUCACAUAUCUCCUUUCGCCGUUGAUCUCCUCGAAGCCCCAGAUCUGAUUAGCGACCCAGCCGUUGUCGACGCUUUCGGCGAUGCUCUGGAUGAACUUGCCAUCGCCCUCGACAAGCCAGCCAGUCUUGAGGAAGUCCUCCUCAAUCUCAUCGAGAGUGACGAACCUGGAUCGACCCCUGACGGUGCCGAAGAGCCAGUCCGUGUGCUCACGGUUGUUGAAAUCAAGGCAGCGGUUCUCGUGAGUGCUCGUCAGGCCAGAGGCAGACUGGGUGAUGUCGAUGUGGGUGAAAACGUCGGUGGAUGUGUUGGGGGGCUUGGGAGGGGCGUUGUACUGGUUGAUGUCGACGGUGAUGGUAGCCAAGCCAAUUGCCUUACGAGUGAGGUAUCCGAUGCCCUGUAAGCUGAGGAUAGGCUCAGAGCUAUCGGAAAGAGUCUUGUUCUAUUGCGAACCACUGUCAGUGACAAGAUACAGGGGUGCAUUAUGUUGAAGCGGGGGAGAGUGUAGCAUACGAGAACCCAUUUACCACUGAGGUCAGAGGUGGUCUUUUCGGCGGGAGCAGCCAUUGUUGCGUUGAGGUUGAUAGGAAUAUCAAGAUGUGGGUAUUCGUGUAGAUGUUGUUUGAGGAGAAAGAAAAAAACCACGGUUUAGUAGGUUGUUGGUGGUAUUGACAAUAAGGCUGUGUUGCUGGCAGACGGUGGAUCGAAAUGACGCUAUCAAGGAUUCAAAGCGCAGCUGUAUGGUCCUUCCUCAGAGUAUAGACACGCCACGAAUAACCUGUACUACAGUUGAGACACGUAACAAUUUCACUGAGUGGGAAGUAGGUAAGUCCAAUGUCGAACCAGACAACUGGCCUCUCCUGGAGAGCCUUAUAUACCUAUCUUUUGUUUGCCAA